AUGUCCCCAACGAUGCGAAUUCCUCUGCGACGGCCUCUGACCCCCAGCUACAAAGCUCCCACGUGCUGUCCGAAGAGAGCCCGUCUCCCAACCCUGCUCAACCCCCCUCCCCUGUCCAGCCGCCCCGAGACCGCCCCGAAGCAGGUUGCGGAAAAGCUACUCAAGGGCAAAGAAGUCGUCGGCAAAGCCUUGGCCGAGCGCAGCGGCCAGCUCACCUUGCUUGAGCUACCCGUCGAUAUCCUCCGUCUUGUUGUUCACGAGAUAACCCACACGAAUGACCUCACAUCGCUAGCUCUGACAAACUCCACUCUAUAUAGCUUAGCCGUGCCCCAGAUUUACUCCAGAUUCGAUAUAGUAUGGCCCGAUUCCGAUGCCGUAGCCGCCGAAUCGAAGAGCGUUGACGCUCUCACCUACGGCCUCUCUACUCUAUGUCUCGGAAGCUCCUUUGCCCGCCGUGCCCAUCUGCGGCGCCCGACUCCUCGGCCCCCGUGGAGGUUGUGCGCCAGCUUCGGCAGAAUACCUAUGCUGAGUAUACUCGAAAAUUCUCCCUCGGGAAUGGGCCUUCCGAGUGGGUCGCAGAGUACUUGA